UCCCAGGUGAACCGCUCAAAAUUCCUGUCACUUCUCACAGCGUAUUUUUCUAGACCAUGUCCCUGCCGCCCUUCUUCGCUCCGGGUCGUCCGGGCCCGCUACCCCCGCAGCCACCGCCUCCUGCUCCCUUCGGCUGUCCGCCACCGCCGCUGCCCUCCCAGGCUUUCCCUCCCGCGCCGCUGCGUACCGAACUGGCCGAGCGGCUGCAACCUCUAUCCCAGGCCGCCUAUGUAGGCGAGGCGCGCCGGAGGCUGGAGAGGGUCCGGCGUCGUCGGCUGCGGCUUCGCGAGAGGACCCGAGAACGCGAGGCCGAGCGAGAAGCAGAAGCAGCCCGGGCAGCAGAACGCGAGCAGGAGAUUGACCGCUGGAGGGUCAAGUGCGUGCAGGAAGUGGAGGAGAAGAAACGGGAACAGGAACUCAAAGCUGCUGCUGAUGGUGUCUUAUCUGAAGUGAGGAAAAAACAAGCAGACACCAAAAGAAUGGUAGAUAUUCUUCGAGCCUUGGAGAAAUUGAGGAAGCUGAGAAAAGAGGCUGCAGCAAGGAAAGGGGUCUGUCCUCCAGCCUCAGCAGAUGAGACUUUCGAGCACCAUCUUCAGCGUCUCAGGAAGCUCAUUAAAAAACGCUCUGAACUGUAUGAAGCGGAAGAGAGAGCCCUCAGAGUGAUGCUGGAAGGAGAACAAGAAGAAGAGAGGAAAAGAGAAUUGGAAAAGAAACAGAGAAAAGAAAAAGAGAAAUUUUUACUUCAGAAACGUGAAAUUGAAUCCAAGUUAUUUGGAGAUCCAGAUGAGUUCCCCCUUGCUCACCUCCUGCAGCCUUUCCGACAGUAUUACCUCCAGGCCGAGCACUCUGUUCCAGCACUCAUCCAGAUAAGGCAUGAUUGGGAUCAGUUUCUUGUGCCAGCUGAUCAUCCCAAAGGCAGCUCUGUUCCCCAAGGAUGGGUCCUUCCCCCGCUCCCCAGCAACGACAUCUGGGCGUCCACCGUUAAGCUGCAAUAGAAGGGAAGCUCCAGAUGUGUGGUCCCGCCAGCACGCGCUCCAGCUCCAAGGAUUAGUGAAGCUGCCUUCUGUGCUCUACACUAUACCACGACUUCUAAACUCCAUGUGGCAUGGCUGUAGCCUGAAGUUACACUUCCUUCUGUGCUCUGUCCUGGCCAGAGGUGCCUCUUGAACCAGGAGAUAAAUGUGGUUCUUCAGGAAAGGACCGAGGUGAACUGAAAUGUUUACCAUAGGCGGUGGAUUUGGUUCACCACAUUUGCCUCUGUUCUGAGGGGCUUGGUCCUGAGUGACUUGCUGAUUUACUCUAGCUUCCUUGUAUGUUGAUGGGUAAGUACUCUCCAUACACUCAGAUUCUCAGUGCGCAGGUGCACUAGGUAGGCUCAGCAGCCCUUUCCCCCAAUAUUGAAUGUAAGGGCUAGCUUGGUGUGAAACCUCCGUACCUUCCUACCCAGAGAGCCCUCUUGACUCCCAGGAGUAAAGGCUGAAAAUUUGACCUUCACUUUUGUUAAUUCCAAUUUUGUUGCAGCUUGCAAGGCUGCUAGUUAGGAAUAUUGCAGUGGCUGCAGUCCAGGCUGCCAAGAGAUGAUUUCCUAGUCUUACGGAGAACUUAGAAAACCUUAAGAGUACCCGAACCCAGACUGCAUCAUGUUUCAGUGGACAGUAGUUGUGUUUUCCUCAUUUCCCCAUCCUAAUGCAGGUACCUGUUUUGGAAGUUCCUAGGGGUCUAGUUGUUCAGGAUCUCCAAGGACAGGAGUUUAUUUCCCUUUGGGAGUGGGACCUUCCUUGACCUUACUCACUCAUGGUAGGAGCUGGAACAGCCAGGAAUUUUCUAAGGAACUCAAGGUUACAAAAACAUCCAUGUAGUCAAAGUUAGGGAAAAGCAAAUAAAAAUGAUAAAAUUUAUUUUUAAUAUUCACUAAUAAAUGCUGUUGUGCUUAAUUAGUCAUUGUCAGCUUUUUGGGUGUUUUUUGUUUUUGUUUUUGUUUUGGCU